CUUUUUCCUUUUAUGAUUCGAAAAAGAAAACGCACGGUAAGCUGGGACAGGGAAGCGCCCCAUCCGCCCCACGUGGACACUUCCGAGGGCAAGGGGAGCUGGAAGGCACCUUGGGCCGCUUGGUCUUGAGGCCUCAGCUUGGGCCGAGCUCGAAGGCCGGGGGUCAUGACUCUCACUCUGGGCAGGUGGAAGGUUUUACUUGUUUGGGGCUGGACUUGAACCCCCUGUUCUUGGCCAGCAUCGCCCCCACUGCCCUCUCCAAACACACCCAGACGCUGCGGACCGGGCACCUGGCCUAGGCCUCCCCGCACGUCUGCAGCAUGGAUAAGUACGACGACCUGGGCCUGGAGGCCAGUAAAUUCAUCGAGGACCUGAACAUGUAUGAGGCUUCCAAGGAUGGACUCUUCCGAGUGGACAAGGGUGCAGGUAACAACCCGGAGUUUGAGGAAACACGCCGGGUGUUUGCCACCAAGAUGGCCAAAAUCCACCUUCAGCAGCAGCAGCAGCAGCUCCUGCAAGAGGAGACCCUGCCCAGGGCUAGCCGGGGUCCUGUCAACGGUGGGGGCCGCACAGGCCCACAGGCCCCCCGGGAAGCUGGUGCGGGCAGCAAGCUGGCCCUGGACGGUGCUGCCAAGCCCCCUCUGGCUGCCUCCACAGUAGCUCCUGGGACAGCCGCCCCCACCGCCGCUGCUGGGCAGCCCUUGUACCCGCCCCAGGAGCAGAAGGCCAGGCCGUAUGUCCGUGGCACAAGGCCUGGUAGUCAAGACUGUGGUUCCAAGGAGAGCCCAGUGAGUUCUGAGAUGUCUGCUUUCCACGGGCUGAGCCCCUGCGAGGAUCCUUCUUGCCUCACCCAUGGAGACUAUUAUGACAAUCUCUCCUUGGCAAGCCCAAAGUGGCGUGAAGAACCAGGAGUGUCUUCCAGCAUCAGGCUGGGUGGAGGGAGUGGGUGGCCUGGCGCCCCAGGCAGUGACCCAUCACCACCCAAACCCUCCAGGGACCCUCACCUGUACCAGCCGAAGCUGCCCCUGAGCUCCAGCAGGUCAUUUGAGAGCUGCCAGGAUGGUGGUGCUGAUGGCCUCAGGAGCGAGAAGCCAGCCGGUCUUUGGACCACUGCCUCCUCCCAGUGGGUAAGCCCUGGCCUUUCCUCCCCAGGCCGGGAGAACGGGGCUCUCCUGGCGCGCACUCAGCCCAGGACCCCUUUCUCAGCACCGCUGGCCCCGAGCUGCCCCAGUCAAGGAGCUCUUCCAAGAACAAACUUGGGGGUGGGGACUGAGGUUUCAGGCACCAUGCCCAAACCAAAUGUGCACCCUCAGUCCUGGUUCCAGGAUGGGCCCAAAUCUUACCUUUCUAGUUCUGGGCCGUCAUCUUUGCCAGCCAGCACGGACAGUUUGCAGCUGGGUGCAGCCCCUGGGCUGGGUCCCAAGCCUGGCUGCACAGACCCUGGCAUUGGUCCCAGGCUCAGCCCCACCAGCCGUGUCCAUCCAGUGAUGUCCACCCCGCUUGAGUUAUCUUGUAAAGAAGGUCCCCCUGGCUGGUCUGAGGGCAGCCUGGGGUCUGUGCUCCCGGAGAGCCCCAGCGCCCACAGAGUGAGGCUGCCCUGCCAGACCCUCACCCCCGGCCCUGAGCUUGGGCCCUCGACUGCCGAACUGAAGUUAGAAGCCCUCACCCAGCGCCUGGAGCGGGAGAUGGAUGCUCAUCCGAAGGCCGAUUACUUUGGCUCCUGUGUGAAAUGCAGCAAAGGGGUGUUCGGGGCCGGCCAGGCCUGCCAGGCCAUGGGGAACCUCUACCACGACGCCUGCUUCACCUGUGCAGCCUGCAGCCGGAAGCUGAGAGGAAAAGCCUUUUAUUUUGUCAACGGCAAAGUGUUUUGCGAGGAAGACUUCCUGUACUCUGGUUUCCAGCAGUCUGCCGACAGAUGUUUUCUCUGUGGCCAUCUGAUCAUGGACAUGAUCCUGCAGGCCCUGGGGAAGUCCUACCACCCGGGCUGUUUCCGCUGUGUCAUCUGUAACGAGUGCUUGGAUGGGGUGCCCUUCACCGUGGACUCGGAGAACAAGAUCUACUGUGUCCGAGAUUACCACAAGGUGCUGGCCCCCAAGUGUGCGGCCUGUGGGCUUCCCAUCCUCCCACCUGAGGGCUCAGAUGAAACCAUCCGUGUCGUGUCCAUGGACAGAGACUACCACGUGGAGUGUUACCACUGCGAGGACUGCGGUCUGGAGCUCAAUGACGAGGACGGCCGCCGCUGCUACCCCCUGGAGGACCACCUGUUUUGCCAGCCCUGCCACGUCAAGAGGCUGGAGAAAGGCCCCUCGCCCGCAGCCCUCCCCCAGCACCACUUCUAGCCAGAGCCUCUUACAGACCUUGGGGCAGGGAAGAGAGGCCAGGGCUGCACAGUGACAAAUUGCCUGUUGAUUCCAGUGGCCCCUGGGUGGAGUUGGGGUGGGGGAAAGGAGGGCAUGGCCGGUGAGUGCCUGUGCCUGCGUGCAGCGUCCUUUCCUUUCACCGGUGAGGUCAGCCCUACCUGUCUGGUGUGUGUGUUUUCCAAGGGCCUUUCUCUGCUGACAGGCGCUCAUCAGAUUCCUCAGGAAGAUUCUGCAGCAGGCUUGUGCCUGUGACAGGAGAUUGCAUCAGUGCCACUGAACCCUCUGUCCCCUCUGAGGGGAAGGUUUGCACUGAGUGUGUUUCAUAAUGUCUUCGGGAGGGAGAUUUCAGCUGCCGAUCCAUUCAACCCUUUCCCUCCCUCCAGGAAAAUGCAUGCACCUGACCUCCUCCUACACACAAACACACACGAACACACACAUACACAUGCACACCACCACCACACACAUACACAUACAGGGUGUGUUUUAAGGCCCCCCCCCCCAAUUUUCAGCUCUCCUGUAGAAAGGGCUGCAAAUUUUAAUUGUGUUCUGAUGAGAGGGAAGCCCUAACACGUGCUCUGUAUCGUAGGGAGCAUUUUCUUUGUAAACCAGAGCCAAGUGCUGAAAAUAAGUGAGGCAGGGCGUCCUCCUGUGCCCUGUGCCCUGUUCCCUGACAGCAUUGUGUGUCCCCCAGAUCUUCACUCCCUUGUGGGCAGCCGGGGGCUGGCAGAGGUUUGCCCCGUUCUGGCAAAGUGCUCUGGGGCAAAGAACUUGGUGCGGGCGCCAGGCCGCUUUGCCCACCUGUCUGCCCGGUUCCCCUCCCGCGCCCUCCAGGGUCUGUGACCGUGGGGUCCCCCCCUUCCGCAGAGGCGUGUCUCAGGAUCCCAUGUGCCUGUUCAGCCCAUGUGACAUGGGCUCCGGGUAGUCCGCGCGCGCCCUGAGAGCAGCCCCUCGUGAACGAGGAGUGUGUGUGAGCCUGAGCCAGCGUGGAGGGCGCCUGGGCAUAAGUUAUUACAGUCAUGUCGCGGGUUUCUCGCUUGCCCUGCUCUUGGCACAGGCAUCACGUUGGAAGAAACCGGUAUAAGGUACAGCGCUUCUGUCUGCUCUUUUUUUCUUCCUUUUUUAAGUUUCCUUCCACUUUCAGUCUUCCACACACAAGAAUACCUCACAGAUAAGGGCGCCCCCAGACCGCGGGCGGGGAGGAGCUGGGCCCUCGCGGUGGGCUCAGGCACCUUUUCUGGGGUUGGGAACAUCUGGCUUCACGCCGGCCAGACCCCAGGGUCGGCGCGGUGACCCAAACCGGAGGUCCGCAGGGACCGGAGCAGAUGGAAAUCGGGUGCUACUGCCUCACUCAGUCAUCACGCUGGCUCCCUUGGGUGGCAAGGGGGCUCAAAGGGCCACACACUGGCAAGAUUUCAAGGCAACCCCUGCACCCAAGAGGCAAAGUGCCCUGCAUGUCACAGUGCUGAGGCUGGAGGUCAGGACCCCUUCGUAUUUCAUAAGAAAAUAUAUACAUGUAUAUUUAUAAAAGGUUGGCUGGAAUUUGCCCCCUCAGCCUGCAGUGGGGGCCCCAUGGCCUUGUCGCAGGAGUGCUGGGGCCAUCUUACCACUGCCGGCCGGCUGGGGCAUGGCAGCUGGCAUCUGCUCUUCGCCUCCUCACUUGGCACUGUGAGCCAGGGGACUGGGUGAUUGGGGCUGCAGAGGGUGGUCAGCUGAGCCCUCCAGGGACUCCCAGACUUCCCGCUGGGCCCCGCUUCCCUUCUAGGCCACGUUUUAACUCAUUCGGUAGCAGUUGCCUUUAAGAAGCACAUAAUUGGCACCAUGGAUGGUUUCACUUUUUAAAAAAUAUAUUUUCAUUGUCCCGGCUGGGCGUGGCCCAGUGGUUGAGCGUC